CACCCCGCCAGGCCCGCCGACAUCUGCUGCGUGUCCGGUUCCGCUCUCCGCGCCCCCGCUGCAGUCGGCGCUGCCUCGAUGUUCCAGUUGCCCAUCUUGAAUUUCAGUCCCCAGCAAGUGGCCGGGGUAUGCGAGACUCUGGAGGAGAGCGGCGACGUAGAGCGCCUGGGUCGCUUCCUCUGGUCGCUGCCCGUGGCCCCUGCGGCCUGUGAGGCCCUCAACAAGAAUGAAUCGGUGCUGCGCGCGCGAGCCAUCGUGGCCUUUCACGGCGGCAACUACCGCGAGCUCUAUCAUAUCCUGGAAAACCACAAGUUCACCAAGGAGUCGCACGCCAAGCUGCAGGCGCUGUGGCUCGAAGCGCAUUACCAGGAGGCUGAGAAGCUGCGUGGACGGCCCCUGGGGCCGGUGGACAAGUACCGCGUGAGGAAGAAGUUCCCGCUGCCGCGCACCAUUUGGGACGGCGAACAGAAGACACACUGCUUCAAGGAGCGCACGAGGCAUCUGCUACGGGAAUGGUAUCUGCAGGACCCAUACCCUAACCCCAGCAAAAAGCGUGAGCUCGCCCAGGCAACCGGACUGACCCCUACGCAGGUGGGCAACUGGUUCAAAAACCGCCGACAAAGGGACCGGGCGGCUGCAGCCAAGAACAGACUCCAGCAGCAGGUCAUGUCGCAGGGCUCCGGGCGGGCUCUAAGGGCUGAGGAAGAGGGCACGCCGGAGGUGCUGGGCGCCGCAGCCAGCCCGGCCGCCAGCCUAUCCAGCAAGGCCGCCACUUCGGCCAUCUCCAUCACGUCCAGCGACAGCGAGUGCGACAUCUGA